AUGUCUUCUGGUCCAUCAAUGACAAGCGAUCAUGCUUCUAGUCAUGCUCCAUCAAUGACUUCAGCUCCAGCAAAAUCUGAUGACCCUGCUUGGGCUUAUGCUAAAUUGGUUUUGGGUAAAAAGAAUAAUACCAUUUGCCUCUUUUGUAAUAAGCAUCUUAAAGGUGGUGGAAUUACACGAUUGAAACAACAUCUUGCCGGAGUGAAGGGAGAGGUGGAAGCUUGUAAAAAUGUGUCGAUGGAUGUAAAAUGGCAAAUGAAUCAAAUGCUUGAAGGGUAUAAGCAAGACAAAGAAAGGAGGGAGAGAAUUAGCAAAGUGGUUGGAGAAGGAGCUUCCUAUCAAGCUUUGGAUCAAGAGGAGGAGGAGUCUUUACUUGAUAGAACAACGUCUGGAGAUGGGACCAAAAAAAAAAAAAGAAGUAAGACAAUUGGUGGUAUUUUUGCCCCAAGAACAACGCUGGGUGCCCAACCUUCUAUACAAAGUGCAUUGUCAUCUAAACAAACCAUUGAUGAAGCAAGAAUAGCGGUUGCUCGAUGGUGGUAUGAUGCUAACAUUCCAUUUAAUGCGACUUUAUCUUCGUAUUAUCAACUGGCGAUUGAUGCAAUGGUAGCCGUUGGACCGGGCUUCAUGGGUCCUUCAUAUCAUGACCUAAGAUGCCCUCUCUUGAAUAAUAGUGUUCAUGAAAUUAGAGAGUAUCUUCUUGAACUUAGAGAGUCAAUUGACACAUCGGGGCUUGUUAAAGACGCAGAUACGUUGUUUGGUAUUUUUUGUGAAAUUGUUGAACUAGUGGGGCCAAGUAAUGUUGUCCAGUUUGUUACGGAUAAUGAGGCUGCCUACAAAGCAGUGGGAAAGAGGUUACAAGCACAUUAUGGAUCCUUCUAUUGGUCUCCUUGUGCGGCUCAUUGCUUGGACUUGAUGUUGGAGAAUUUUGCAAAGCCUCAACAUUUUCCGCACAUAGAUGCUACCAUCCAAAAGGCUAAAAAAGUAACUCGAUACAUUUACAGUCAUGCAUGGGUUCUUAACACAAUGAGGAAAGACUUCACAAAUGGUAGAGACUUGUGUUGUCCUAGCAUCAUAAGUGAUGAUGAUGAAAUGCCUGUAAUGGGAUACUUGUAUGACGCAAUGGAUAAGGCAAAAAAGGCAAUUAAAGUGAGGUUCAACAAUAGGCUCUCUUUGUAUGGCCCAUACAUUCAAGUGAUUGAUCCUAGAUGGGAUAGGCAACUUCACAGCCCUCUUCAUGUUACUGUCUUGGUGCCGGAUGAGCAUUUGCAAGACCAAAUAAGUGCACAAAUUGAGGAAUACAAGCAGGCAACAGGUGACUUCAAUAUGCCCCUUGCUAUUCGUCAACGAGAGAAACUAUCUCCAGUUUCAUGGUGGAGGCAAUUCGGAGGUUUAGUUCAAGAUUUACAAAAGUUUGCUAUUCAAGAACUUAGCCAAUGUUGCAGUGCAACUGGAUGCGAAAGAAAUUGGAGUAUGUUUGAGGUUAUCUAUUCUAAGAAGCGGAAUAGACUAGAGCACAAAAGACUCAAUGAUUUAGUCUAUGUACGUUAUAAUUUGAAGCUUCGAGAAAGUCUUGAAAACAUAGAUAUGUUGGAUGAUUGGGUGAGUGAAGAGCCUAGUCUACUUGACGAAGAGGAUAUUGCAUGGGAGAUUAUUGAACCACCAUCUUUAGAGGCGUUGACGUUAGAUGAUCAGGAGCCUAACUUUGAUGAUGCCGCUGAUGAUUUUCCAAAUGAGAACGAGAGCCAUAUGCCGGGUGAAUCAUCUGCUAAUUCUUCACAAGUACUUUACACUUUCCAAGUUAAGAAUGACCUCAUAUUGAAAAUUAACCAAGAGUUUGACAAUUUAGAAGACGUUCAAAACUUUUACAACAAUUAUGGUAAAUAG